AUGGCAUCUCCAGCAGCCCACAAGCCGCGACGGCGGCGAAAUAUUGGAGAGGGCUCUCUCGCCCAGGUCGCACACGGCACGCUCGAUCUCGACCACUCGACCAACGCACGGAAGCCCGCGUUUCCUCUCGUCGCGUUUCUCUGGCCAGCCAAGGGCACCGUCUCGCAAUGGGUCACGAUACCCCUCAUCUUAAUGGCAGUUGGCCUAUUCAGAUGGACUGUCAGUCUGUGGGGCUAUUCUGGAUUCCAAUCACCACCGAUGCACGGUGACUUUGAGGCUCAGCGGCAUUGGAUGGAAAUCACCAAACACCUACCCGUGUCGAAAUGGUACUUUUAUGACUUGCAGUGGUGGGGAUUGGAUUACCCACCUCUGACUGCGUAUCAUAGCUGGAUACUGGGUGUCAUUGGUUCUGCCAUCAAUUCGAAAUGGUUCGCUCUCGACGAGUCGCGGGCGCUCGAUGACCCUUCCCUCAAGAUAUACAUGCGAGCCACCGUCUUCGUAUCCGAAUACCUCAUCUACGUGCCUGCGACGAUCAUUUUUCUCCGCCGAUACUCCCGACUCGAGGGCGUCAAUAUUUGGGAGUCUUCAAUCGCGCUGGUUGCUAUCCUAAUGCAACCGGGAACGAUCUUGAUUGACCAUGGGCACUUCCAAUACAAUACCGUCAUGCUUGGUUUCGCAGUCGCAACACUCUCGAGCAUGAUCGCUGGAAGACCGCUGUGGGGAUGUGUCUUCUUCGUCGGUGCGCUUGGAUUCAAACAGAUGGCAUUGUUCUAUGCGCCUGCGGUAUUUGCAUACCUGCUGGGCAUAUGCCUCUUCCCCAGGAUUAACAUUGUGCGGUUCCUUGCGAUCGCGCUGACUACCGUGGCCGCAUUUGCCGUGUUGUUUCUGCCGUUCUUGAUGGGCGUCGCAUACGACCAAUAUACCCGCUUCGAUUACGAUCCCUUGGAAAUGCCCCCGCUGCUGACCUUGAGAUGGUUCAUGACACCGUGGAAUAUGAACGCCUGGUACUACCCAUACGUUUUGGAGAUGGGGCAGGCGAUCCACCGCAUCUUUCCCUUCUCCCGUGGGUUGUUCGAGGACAAGGUUGCCAAUAUAUGGUGCACUAUCCAUACUUUCCACAAGCUUCAUCGGUAUCCGAUCGAGCUACUUCAGCGUCUCGCGCUACUCGCCACGACCGCUGCGAUUCUGCCUCCAUGUUUGAUCAUCUUUGUCAAGCCUAAGAAGCAGCUUCUUCCACUGGCGUUCGCAGCAGUCUCCUGGGGCUUCUUCCUCUGCUCAUACCAGGUGCACGAGAAGAAUGUCUUGCUUCCGCUGUUGCCGAUGACGCUGCUCCUCAGUGGAAAGGAUGGCCUGCUACCUUCCACCCGCGCGUGGGUUGGUCUAGCAAAUAUGCUCGGCGUCUGGACAAUGUUCCCGCUGCUCAAGAGAGAUGAGCUACGAGUUCCGUACUUUGUUAUAUCCCUCUUGUGGGCAUAUCUUCUUGGUCUCCCCCCAGUUUCUUUCUCUGCCUACCAUGAAGGCAGCCGGGGUGGACUGAAUAUCUUCAGCAAGAUCCUCCACCUCAAUAUCUACCUGGCCAUGAUUGGAUGGCACGUUGCGGAGGCCUCUUACCCUCCCCCGGCCGAUAAACCGGACCUCUGGGUUGUCGCGAAUGCGAUUGUUGGGACGGGUGGCUUUGGUAUUUGCUACCUGUGGUGCUUGUGGCGACUUGUUGUCAAGAGUGAGUUGUUUGGAGCAGAAAAGAGCAAGACGCAGUAA